AUGCCAAUUCAAGCGGUUCGAAACCGUUCAACAUCCUCAACCCGGCGCUUGCUCAGUGCAUCCUCCCAAACCCACCAAACCUUUCACCUUUCAGAUGGCCGAACACUAGGCUUCGCAGAAUUCGGAAAACAAGAAGGAAAGCCUGUAUUUUACUUCCAUGGAUAUCCUUCUUCGAGACUUGAAGCUCAGCCAAUUCAUGAUAUUGCUCAACGCUGUGGUGUCCGUCUCAUAGCUAUCGACAGACCCGGUUUUGGACUAUCAACGUUUAAACCUGGCUAUCAGAUCUUGGAUUGGCCAACUGAUGUGAUGGAGUUUGCUCAAGCACAUGGAAUUCCCAAGUUCUCUGUUUUGGGACUAUCGGGUGGUGGUCCUUUUGCUCUUGCUUGUGCUUAUGCCCUGCCAAAGCGGGCGAUUACAAGUGUUGGGCUUUUUGCAACAGCACCACAUUGGGCGGCUGGCACGAAGCAUGUUGAAUAUUACCGUAGAGUGUUCGGGGUAUGGGCAGAUCAUUCUCCAUCGACUCUCCGGGCAGCGUUAAAUAUGCUGUACCUAUCCCUUAGAUGGGUUGUCCUAUCCGGCCCUGUUUCCAGAAGACUCAACAAAUGGCUCGAAGCCCAACACAAAAAAGAAGAAGCUGACAGUGGUCCCUCAAAACCAAAGUCAAUGAGCUUGGAAGAGUUGGUAGAGAUGAUUCUCGACGAGCCAUUCCGCCAAGGAGCUGGUGCAGUUGUGCACGAGAUGAAUCUUCUUACGUCCAAAAACUGGGGUUUCGAGCUGGAGAAGGUUCAGUACGACAAAAUUCAAAUAUGGCAUGGGAAGAAAGAUGCGAAUGCACCUAUUCAGAUGAUUCGGUAUAUGGCAGAGCGGAUACGAGGAGGUGAUCUGCAUGAGUUUGAGGAUGAGACUCAUUAUACUAUGUAUAAGCACUUUGAGCCAGCGUUACGGAAACUGGUUGAAGAUGGAACAGCUUAG